UUAGGACAUAAAAAUUUAUUCAGUAAGUAAUACAAGUUUAUCGUCAAUAUGUGUUUUGUUUAUUCAGUAUUGCUCUUCAUUUUUUACCCAGUAGUAUUUUCAUUUGGUCCAAAUUUAAGUAGUGAAGUUAAUCAACUAUUACAAAAUAAUAUAGGAUGGAAUCAACUUGCAAUGAAUUUAGAGGACGCUAUUUUUGACAAUGUUGAGAUGAGACCAUAUAAGUUAAAAGAGAUACUAGAAAUUGAUUCUGAUGGUAAUCAUGGUAACAGUAAAAAUAUUCAAGACAAAGUGGUAGUUGAAAAGUGCAGUUCAUUAAACAAUGAAAAUGACAAGGAAGAUUGCUUGAAAUUUUUAGAAGACACGUUCGUUUUAUAUCGUAAAUAUUUAGAACACAUGAAAUAUGUGCAAUUAUAUUUUUUUAAAAAAUUAUAUAAAACAUAUCAAUAUGAUAUAACGCCUACGAUACAGAUAUUAGAAAGUGUAACAGACUUUUCUAAUUUUGAUGAGUGCAAAACUAAGUUGUGUGAAGCUGAAAUAUCUUUGUGCAAUUUUUUAAAUGCAAAUUAUAGACCAGUGUAUAACAGAAUUCACAACAAUAUCAUCAGAGUUUCUCCACAAGCAGAAACAAUAUUUAACAAAUAUUUUGUAGAAAAUAAACCUUUUACAUAUGUAAUUACUGAAUUUGAAAAACGAAUCACUGUUUUUAGCAAAUUAUUUAAAGAUGAAUAUAAAGCGAUGGGUUUUCGCAUAAAGAUUUUGAAUGAAAUAAAUAAUUAAAGAACUACUGACAGAAGUAACAUAAAUAAAAUAUUUGACAGUGUGGAAAAAAACUACAAAGUAAUAACAUUACAUUGAUGCUAUCACAAAAUAAUAAAUAUCAGAUUUCAUCUUUACUGCAACAGUAUGUAUCUCAAAAAUUGUCAUAAUGAGAUUUUUAUAAAUAAUGAUAUAAUUAAUGUUUUUGAAUAUUUUUUCAUCAUACAGAAUGUUGAUAUAAUCCUAAUGAUUGUUUUAAUACUUGUAACUCGAUAUCUCUUAAAAUAAUAAUUUAAUUGUUAUUUUUAAUAUUUUUAGUUUAUAAAUUUCUUGAUUUAUCAGUUAUUAAAAACUUUUUUAACUCAUCCAUUAUACCUUAUAAGGUUGUCAACCUAAUUUUUUUAAAUUGAAACAUACAUAUUUUACUAGUUUAUGAAAUAAAAAUUAUUUAAUUAAGAAAAUUACAGGUUGAUAACAAUUUUUAGAAUAGUACUACAGAAGUUAUUACUAUUUUAAAGUAUAAACUGGACAUCAGACAUAUGCAUAACAAUAUUAAAUAAAUUUUGAUCAUUAGACAAUUUUUAUCUGUUCUCCUUUGCCUGUCAAGGUAUAAAAUGUUGAAAACAUUCAAAAGAUGUUAAAAGAAUCACCUUGUUUUUUUUUAAGACUCAAAAUUUCAUAAUAUGUUAUAAAAAUAAAAUCACCAUUUAUAUUAAAACAUGUACAAUUAAAUUUUUUUAUUCCUAAAAAUCUACAACAACUGAAAUAAGUAUCAAUAUAUAUGAUAUAAAUUACUUUAUACCAUUGCUCAUACAUUAGCGCAAUCCGGGAGGGUAUAGGAGGACUUAUUACCUCUAAUUCUAUCACAGCCUCCCUCCAAAGUUACAAAAACUAUUUUUAAAUGUAUAUACAAUGUUGAAAUAUUUAUAAGAAAGGAAGAAUUUUAAUUAGUUCUUCUAAAAAUUGUGUUUAAAUUACGUUAAUUU